AACCUUUGACCGACUUCAACGGUUUUGAAAAAAAAUUUCAGGUUCGGAGAGGUCAUGUUUUCUUGCUGUAAAGACGAUUUGGAAGAAAUAGCGGAUACCUGGAGAGUCUGUUACAAGCCAUGGAUGUCCUGAGUGUUGCACAAAGCGUUUGGAGCGCUCUGUGUUGUUUUACGUUGGAGUUAGCAGUGUUUGUGAUCGUCGAUACGUUUACAAAGUACCAACUCAAAUACGCCAGCACUGAGGAGGAGAAGACCCGAAUAUGGACAGUUGAGGGAGGCUUGCUGACGGUGAUCACCCUCCUGUUGCUGCUGUGGUCACAUGUCCCAUACACCCUCCUCCUGCUCACAGCCUCCAUACUCGUCUUCAUCCUCUUCCCUCAUCACUGGCUUCAUACAGCCAAACAGUCCCUACAGGAGGGCUCUGACAGAGUACAGCAAGUUCUCAGGAGUCUGAGACAAACAACAGACGUGCCAUCUAUAAGGAGAAGGUCAACCUCAUCAUCUAUCACAAAUGAAGAAGAUGUGUCUGUCAUGUCUUCGCUUUAUGCUCCAACCAGAAGGACCAAGAGUUCCUUGUCAAAUGCAAGACAGAUACACACUACUAAGUCUCUGCCUAGCACAAAUGUACGACAAUUAAGUUCAGAUUCCCAGACACAAAGUGACAAGACACUUCUCAGGAAGCCGAAAAAGCUUGAUACUGUUGGUUUGAGUCCAGGCAGGAAGCUGAGUUCAGGGUUAGGAGUUCCCCCCAGGACUAAUAAUAGGAUAUCAUCAAGUGAUACAGGUCUGGAUAUUGGUACAAACUUCAGAAAUCCUGUUACCUACUCCCCAUCAAAGUAUGGGCUAAGAGCAAGACCCUCACCUGUGAAAAAGACAGUUUUGGACAUUCAGUUACCUCCAGGUCUCCAGAAUGGAGGGCAAAACAUAUGCUUCAUGAACUCUAUCUUGCAGUGUUUAGCACACAACCCCAUAUUGGUAGAGGGCCUCCAGAUGGCAAUGGAGCAACCAACGGUCAACCAAUCAGGAAGCAGCUUACUGCUGACUUUUGUUGAGCUUGCUGCAGACUGUCAGAGGCACAGAGACAAGGACGGUUUGGUUAUUGAUCCUACGGCUUUUAGAAGUGUUGUAGCUGGGAGGAAGCCUGAGCUGAUUGUAAGGCCAGAAUGGAGCCACAUUCAACCACAGCAGGAUGCUGCUGAGUUUCUGACAUGGCUCCUCGAUGCAUUGAGUGCAGAGGUUAGACAUGGAAAGACUAGCCUGCCCUUAACACCACCUUACUCACCGAUAGGGAGUCCAAAGGAGAGAGUUGGCAUCAGAACCAGCAGCCCCUGUGCUGAUGACUCCUUAAACCUGAAGUAUGGGAAGUUAACUGCCAGAAAGUUGUAUGAUCUGGAAGAUGAGUGUGUGACCCUCAUCAACCGUGCAAAUUCUCUGAAACCGCAAACAUACGCAGAGCCACUGAAAACAUUGUCUGAAGUUGCUUGGUACAAACAUUGCCAUCAGAACAACACUGUUGUGGACACAUCAUUCACUGGUCAGCUGGUAGAAGCCAGACACUGUCUGCUGUGUGGCAAGCUGUCCCUAAGUAUGGAGGUGUUCAGUGUGCUGCCUGUUCACAUUCCAGAACAGAACUCAAUGGCCAUCGACUUGGAGACUUGCAUAGGGAACCUUGCUAAUGUUGAAAACUUGCAGAAGGAGAGUGGCUUCCGUUGUACCUGUGGAGGUGGGGACUCAGAACAAGACCUACAGACGACAGCUCAGCGUAGGUGUCUCCUGCGCUACCUUCCAGAGUGCCUGAUCAUCCAGCUGCAAAGGUUCAACUAUGCCACUAAGACACAAGUGCCUGUGAAUAUUCCCCUCCACAAUCUCAAUCUCAACAGCCUACAUGUAGAUAGCUUGUUGCCAGACCCAGACCAGGGGUCACCUGAUGACUGUGUGUACAGUUUAUAUGCAGUCUGCAUGCAUCUUGGCACCACUCGUGACUGUGGGCACUAUGUGGCAUAUGCACUGUUGGGAGAUGGACUGUGGUACAAGUUUGAUGAUGAAGUCGUUAGGCCUGUGAACAGCAUGCAGAAUGAGCUACGGUCUGCCAUUGUAGAAAGAAAUGCUUAUAUUUUGUUCUAUAGGAAGUCUACCAGAUAAAGAACAUGUUAAUCUACUAGUAUGUAGGACAGGAACAAAUGUUUGCCACUAGUUCAUCAUUACAGGUUGAACAAAAACUGCUGUUGGAAUAUCUGUGAACAGGCAGAAGUACACUUAAGAAUUAGAAAGAAUGUAUGAAGAUGAAUUUCUACAUUAAGUGCCAUUUUUCUGUUGUGGAAGGAUACAAAUGCCCAAAGCAUUGUUGAUAGAAGUUGACUUUCAGACUUGUUUCUGGUAGUGUUUCAGUAUGUGUCAUUGAAAGAAGCCAAAGAGUUGAUCUGUACAAGUGUUCAUGCUUAGACUGAGUUGUUAUUUCCAUGUGAAAUGCUGUUUAUUAUUGGUCAAAACAAAUAUAUUGUCUAUAGGAUUAGGACUGUUAUACUAGUAGCAGUCUGGCC